UUUGCCGUCGCUGUAGUUUGUAGUGGUGUAGUGAAUUAGUGGUUCCGAAAAUAAAAAUAAUCUGUGAAGUUGAAAAAGUGGAAGGUGAAGAAGAACCGGUAUGGUAUAUCUGAUCUGGUAUCUUCUCAUUGCUGCUCCCAGCUAACAAUACAGAAUGCUGGGAGGCGGCGUGGGUCGUCACAUGAGCAGCCGCCGGCGUGGCAGCUCGCCUCUGCCGCCCCCGGGCUCACCACGCUACCGGAGGCGGCGGCGAGCGGUCACUACCUCCGACCACAAGACCUGUGCGCUCAUUCAGACGCGCAUCAAGCUUGGAGACAUCAUGCUAGCGGCAGCUCAGGAGGCGGCGGCUCAACAACGAGCUGGUCGUGACUGGUCGCCGGCUGGCGCAGGAGGAGGCAUGGGUCACCAUGGGGGCCAGGAUCCCCACGGCCAAGCCAAGGGCCCCUCCUCGCUCUUCCUAUUCAGCGAGGAGAACAUCGUGCGUCGCUACACGCGCUUCAUCAUCGAAUGGCCUCCGUUUGAGUAUGCAGUUCUGCUGACCAUCAUUGCGAACUGCGUAGUCUUAGCGCUGGAGGAGCACAUGCCGGGGAGAGACAAGACACUGCUAGCAAGGAAACUGGAAAAAACGGAAAGCGUGUUUCUUGGCAUUUUCUGUGUAGAAGCUUUACUGAAGAUCUUAGCGUUAGGUUUCGUACUUCAUAGUGGCUCAUAUCUCCGUAACGUUUGGAACAUCAUGGAUUUCGUUGUAGUAGUAACAGGGAUAAUGACUGUACUGUCAACAUUGAGCUCAAGCUCUCAGGCAAACGAGGAAGAGAAUAUGGACCUCCGCACUUUGAGAGCUAUUCGGGUUCUAAGGCCCCUCAAACUGGUUUCUGGCAUUCCAAGUCUGCAAGUUGUGCUCAAAUCUAUCAUCAAAGCUAUGGCCCCUCUGCUGCAGAUUGGAUUGUUAGUGUUAUUUGCUAUUGUGAUAUUUGCUAUAAUUGGGCUGGAAUUCUAUUCGGGGGCGUUACAUCAGACGUGCUACAGCUUAGAAGAUCUGAACAAAAUCAUGUUUGAGGGGGAAGCAGCAACACCUUGUUACUCGGAUAAUAAGACAAAUCAACCUGCAGGAAGUUACAUUUGUAAUGACACUGUUUCGGUGUGCAGAGAUUCGUGGAUUGGUCCAAACAACGGAAUCACUUCAUUUGAUAAUAUAGGUUAUGCUAUGUUGACUGUUUUUCAAUGUAUCACUAUGGAAGGAUGGACUGCUGUUUUGUAUUGGAUGAAUGAUGCGAUAGGUAGUACGUUUAAUUGGCUUUAUUUUAUUCCUCUGAUUGUUCUCGGUUCGUUCUUCAUGCUCAACUUAGUUCUUGGUGUUCUUAGUGGUGAAUUUGCAAAGGAGAGAGAAAAAGUGGAGAAUAGACAGACUUUUUUAAAGCUACGCAGGCAGCAGCAGCUGGAAAGAGAGCUGAAUGGUUAUGUUGAGUGGAUUUGUAAAGCAGAGGAAGUGAUAUUAGCAGAAGAGAGAACAACGGAAGAAGAAAAGCUUCAUAUUAUUGAAGCAAGGAGAAGAGCGGCAGCUAAAAAGAAGAAGUUAAAAAACUUGGGGAAAAGUAAAAGCACAGAUACUGAAGAAGAAGAGGGUGAAGAAAUGGGAGAAGACGUGCCUGUAAAGAAAGACAAAAAAGGAUUUGGACACUCCGAUUACUUGAAAACCAAAGUGAAAAAUAAAGGAGCAUGUGUUCAGUUUUGGAGAGCAGAGAAGAGGUUAAGGUUUUGGAUACGACACACAGUGAAGAAGCAGUGGUUCUAUUGGUUUGUGAUAGUGCUCGUCUUCUUCAACACUGUCUGCGUAGCAGUUGAACAUUAUAACCAGCCCGAAUGGCUGACUAAAUUUUUAUAUUGGGCCGAAUAUUUUUUUCUCGGUCUAUUCAUGAUGGAAAUGUUUCUAAAAAUGUAUGCGUUGGGACCUAGAAUUUAUUUUGAAUCCGCAUUUAAUCGUUUUGACUGUGUAGUCAUCAGUGGAUCAAUAUUCGAAGUAAUAUGGUCCGAAUUGAAAUCAGGGUCUUUCGGGCUUUCAGUGCUAAGAGCUCUGCGCCUCCUAAGGAUAUUCAAAGUUACAAAGUAUUGGUCUUCGCUUCGUAAUCUUGUGAUAUCGCUGUUGAAUUCGAUGCGAUCGAUCAUCUCUCUUCUAUUUCUUCUCUUCCUUUUUAUUUUAAUUUUCGCGCUGCUCGGAAUGCAGCUGUUUGGGGGUCAGUUCAAUUUCGAAGAAGGAACGCCCCCGACCAAUUUCAACACCUUCCCCAUAGCGCUGCUCACAGUCUUCCAAAUUUUGACUGGGGAGGACUGGAACGAGGUUAUGUACGAUGGGAUCAAGUCGCAAGAAGACAACAAAAUCUACGCUCUUUACUUCAUUGUUCUUGUGCUCUUCGGCAACUACACUCUACUGAACGUCUUUUUGGCCAUCGCCGUAGAUAAUCUGGCCAAUGCUCAGGAGCUCACUGCCGCCGAAGAAGAACAGGAAGAAGAAGACAAAGAGAAACAACAGAUGGAGUUGGAGAAAGAGAUGGAGGCGCUCCAAGCGGCGGGCGAUGGCGAAGUAGAUAUCUUCCCUCCUUCUCCAACUAGUAAAUUAAAAGGAAAGAGUAACUCAAAAGACGAUGACGAUAAAAAGGCUGAUGAUGAAGAAGCAGAAGGACCAAAGCCAAUGCUGCCCUAUUCUUCCAUGUUCAUCCUUUCACCCACAAACUCGCUUCGAAGAGCCGCUCACUGGGUGGUCAACAUGAAGUACUUCGACUUCUUCAUCAUGCUAGUUAUUUGUAUGAGUAGUAUCGCUCUUGCUGCCGAAGAUCCUGUAGUUGAAAAAUCUGAUUGGAAUGAUUACCUCAACUAUUUAGAUUAUGCCUUCACGUGUGUCUUUACAAUAGAGUUGUUACUCAAGGUUCUAGAUAUGGGAAUAAUUCUACAUCCGGGAUCCUAUUUGAGAGAAUUCUGGAACAUCAUGGAUGCGGUGGUCGUAAUAUGUGCAGGAGUCUCAUUAGCUUUCGAUUUGAGUGGAAGUUCCGCGGGUCAGAACCUGUCCACCAUCAAGUCACUGCGGGUCCUGCGUGUGCUGCGACCGCUGAAGACAAUCAAGCGAGUGCCCAAGCUGAAGGCUGUGUUCGACUGCGUCGUCAACUCGCUCAAGAACGUCAUCAACAUUCUCAUCGUGUACAUUCUCUUUCACUUCAUUUUCGCUGUUAUCGCCGUCCAACUCUUCAAUGGGAGAUUCUUCUAUUGUACUGAUGAGAGCAAGUUUUCUGAGGAUGAAUGCAAGGGUGAAUUUUUUGUGUUCGAGGAAGGAAGUAUUUUACCUAAGGCUGAAAAACGCGAGUGGAAAUUGCAGAGUUUCCAUUACAACAAUGUGGCUGCCGCAAUGCUUACUCUGUUUGCUGUGCAAACCGGAGAAGGCUGGCCUCAAGUAUUGCAGCAUUCAAUGUCCGCUACUUAUGAAAACAAAGGUCCAAUACGGAACUUCCGAAUCGAAAUGUCCAUCUUUUACAUAGUGUAUUUUGUAGUUUUUCCAUUCUUCUUUGUAAACAUCUUCGUUGCGUUGAUUAUUAUUACGUUUCAAGAACAAGGAGAAGCCGAACUCCAGGAUGGUGAAAUCGACAAAAAUCAAAAAUCGUGCAUUGAUUUCACCAUUCAGGCGCGACCUCUCGAACGAUAUAUGCCAAAUAAACGAAACGGAUUCAAGUACAAAAUUUGGCGUCUUGUUGUGUCCACGCCAUUCGAAUACUUCAUUAUGAUGCUCAUUGUGUUCAAUACCCUCCUUUUAAUGAUGAAGUUUCACAAGCAGAGCCCUGUCUAUAGGGAAACACUGAAAUACAUGAAUGUGGCCUUCACUAGUAUGUUUACCGUUGAAACGUGUCUGAAGAUAAUCGCUUUCGGAAUUCGGUACCGUGAUGCUCCACCCCUGCUAGAAGAUAUCCUACAGAUAAUGAACUUGGUCUUCACCAUACUAUUCCUUAUCGAGUGUAUAUUAAAAAUCAUCGCAUUUGGAUUUAAGAAUUUUUUUAAAGACCCGUGGAACGUGUUCGAUUUUAUCACAGUUAUUGGAAGUAUAGUGGAUGCGUUAGUUCUGGAAUUAGUGGAGCGACUCAACUCGCAAGGACCAAAUGUGGCUGGACGUCCAGUCGAGCGCCGAAUCGAGGACAACUCAUUCAAUGUUGGAUUUUUGAGGCUUUUCCGUGCAGCAAGAUUAAUAAAAUUGUUGAGGCAAGGAUACACAAUCAGAAUUCUGCUAUGGACUUUUGUGCAGUCAUUCAAGGCCUUGCCAUACGUUUGUUUGCUCAUAGCCAUGCUGUUCUUCAUUUAUGCCAUUAUCGGGAUGCAGGUCUUUGGUAACAUUGCGCUCGAUCCUGACACUGCCAUAACACGUCACAACAACUUUCAAAGUUUUGUUCAGGGAUUGAUGCUUCUAUUCAGGUGCGCAACAGGGGAGAACUGGCCGUCAAUUAUGUUGGACUGCAUAAAGAACCGGCCUUGUGCAGCCGAAGCCAAAAAGGAGAAGGACGAGUGUGGCUCCAAUCUUGCCUAUGGUUAUUUUGUAUCUUUUAUAUUCUUCUGUUCGUUUCUGAUGUUGAACUUGUUCGUCGCUGUCAUUAUGGAUAAUUUCGAUUAUUUAACUAGGGACUCAUCGAUAUUAGGAGCCCAUCAUUUAGAUGAAUUUGUUAGGAUAUGGGCUGAAUAUGAUCCAAAUGCUACGGGUAAAAUUCAUUAUACUGAAAUGUAUGAUAUGCUAAAAAAUAUAGAUCCUCCUUUGGGGUUUGGUAACAAGUGCCCUAACAGACUGGCGUACAAGAAGUUGAUUCGGAUGAAUAUGCCAGUCGAUGAUGAUGGAAAAGUCAACUUUACAACCACCUUAUUUGCUUUGAUUAGAGAGAACCUUAGUAUUAAAAUGAGAACAGCGGAAGAGAUGGAUCAGGCUGAUGAAGAGCUAAGGGAGACUGUAAGAAGCAUUUGGCCUCUUCAAUCGAAGAAGAUGUUAGAUCUUCUCAUACCAAGGAAUGAAGAUUUGGGCAAGAAUAAGUUAACAGUUGGUAAAAUUUAUGGUGGCCUUCUUAUCUUGGAAAGCUGGAGAUCGACGAGGUUUGGUCAAUUAGAAUCAGCGGGACAGCAGGGAUUUGGUGGUCAUAGUCCUUCCAAUGCUAAUGAGGCGCGAUCCUCAUUUUUUAACUGCCUGCUGGACGUGGCGGCCGGAACUUGGGCCGGGGGGACGGGAGGCAACGGCCGCGCAGCCAACGAGCCUGAUGACGAGGCCAGCUGUCUCCUGUCCAGGAGAAACACUGCUCGAAACAGAGGGAAAAAGGGAGGUUUGGACCUGCAAGAAAUAGUGAUAUCAUCGUCGUCUCGUAGACCUUCGGUAGACUCAAUGCAGGAUCAGCAUCUCCAUCCAACCUAUCGUAAUUACCACAAUCGUUCCAGAUCACCCAGUAUAAGACAAAAGCGAUCGCCUCCGGACAUGGCGCGGAGUCCAUCGCCUCGCAGACUCCCUCAGCAGCAACACCCGCACCACACCCCCUCCUACCAUCCACAUGGUGUCCCCUACCACCACAGCCACCACCCACACCACCAUCAUCAUCACCACGAGAUCGGCUUCAGCGACACCGUCUCCAAUGUCGUCGAAAUUGUCAAGCACGAGCACACGCGUCACAGGCAUCCACACGUCGGAGAAUACCCAGAUGACGAUGGCUCGUGGUCUGCGUCAACGAGCCCGGCGCGUUCGCCAAGCCCGGGUGGACGCAUGCGGGUGGGGGUGGGAGGGGGCGCCUACGGCACCACCAGCCUGGAGCAGCGGUCAAGGUCACCGUCCCCACGGGCGCAGCGCGCCUCCCAUCAGCACAGCUACCCGGUGCUAGUGGCGCGACGCGGCCAAGGUCGGAGACUGCCACCCACGCCUUCAAAGCCGUCGACGCUGCAGCUGCGACCGGCGUCCAUCAACUUCCCCAAGCUGAACCCGUCGCCGACGCAUACGACGGUUGGGGGGGCCCAGCCUGGGGGGGCUCAGGGUGUGGGGGCGCAGGCGCACUACGCAGUGCCACUCAGCUUCGAGCAAGCGGUCGCUAUUGGCCGCGGCGGCCGGCUCCUCCCUUCGCCCCUCCCCAACGGCUACAAGCCCCACCCUCGACACCCCCACCCACAGCACCAGCCCACUCACCAGCCCCCCCACCAGCGACACUCGGACUCUGACGACGACGACUGGUGCUAGCCCUUGCUACCAGGUAGCAGCAGCUGAUCGGGACAUAACACUCUGUGACAAACAUGUCUGGCCAGUGGCUCGUUUCUCUCUCACAUCUUAUAUAGGUAGUUGAACGUCCAAUCAAGUAAUGCUCAAAUACCAAUUUUUCUAAUUACAAAUAAAUAUCGAGUGACCUGGCUGGCUCAGGUAUGGUGUCAUGCCUGUUACACACAUCGAUUUUUCGACGUAAAUUUUUUGUCAUCCUUUUGAAUUCUAUUAGAUUGAACAGAUGAUGUUCAAGCAGAUUAUGUUUGUCAAGUUCCGUUUAAUCUGGUAGAAUUCAUAAAGACGGCAAUUAAUCAAACGUCCGAAAAACUAUGUGGGUGCAACUGGCUUCAGAGUUCUCAGGUAUUACCUUACAAUUUGUGGACCUCUGACGUGACUCAAAUUUUUCCUUUUUUAAUGUUAUUUAUAGAAAUUCAUAUUAAAUAAAACGAAUACCAUAUAAAUGUCACUAAUUUAUGAACGACAACCACCAAUUUAUAAAAAAUGUAGCCUAUAAAUGUCAGUAGUUUCAUUUGCUACACCAUCUUCAAUAUCUGGUAGAUCUCCCAUAGAUUUUUGACUUUACCGGAGAUCUAUCAUGGUGUAACAACAGAAACUAGUGUCCUUUUUUCAGAAAUAAAUGUAUUCAAUAAAAGAAUUGAAACUAGUUUUGGUUACUAUUCCAUCACCAAUUUGUAGUAAAUCUUUAAAAAAGUAUAGAUCUUAUCAGAAAUUUAUAUAAUAGUGUAGCAACUGAAACUAGUUGGUCAUUUUUUAUUAAAAAGUGGUUGUGACAAUUUAAAAGUCAUUUUAUCUAACGAUACAAUUAUUUUGAUAGAAGAUUUUUGCUGUGAGAAUUCCAACAGAACCCCACAAGUCACUUUUGAAGUUUUUAUUUCUCUUAACGAAUUGAAACAAUUGUUAUAGUCCGUCAAGCUCAAGAUCUGCAUCAUAUUCAGCCAAGUUCAAUCCAUGUUUGUAAUUUUGUAAGUUUCAUAAAUAAUUGCCUCUGGUUGUGUUUUCCAUCAUAAGGUUUGAAUCAAUAUUAUAUACUACUUGAAUAGCCUGGAUGUAAAGUAAUAUUGUGGUUGAUAUCCAUAUUGAAAAACAUUUUGCAAAUGUGAUGGUUUCUUGAUCCAUUCCGAGCUGCUUUGUAUAAACACACUUUGUUUAUGUAUUUGAACACAACAUGCAGUCAAUUAUCAAGUAAAUAAUUAAAAACUUUUACUUACUGACUGAGGUACUUUCGAUCGUCUAGCGAUUUGCAUUUUGCAAAUGUCAAUACCACUAACUUUUCAAAUAACUAGAAACUAGUUCCGGUGCAUUGACGAUUUCUGAUGAAUUCAAUUCACUAGAGUUUGCAGAUCUCAGUGAACUGAAACUAGAAAAAAUCGUAUAGACACAUAAUUUACCCAAGUAUUUACUUGAAAUUGCUAAUUCCGUAUCAACUGAUACUGAGCCUAGUUGUUAUCUUAUCAAUUGUAUGAGGCUAUAUUAUUCCAUUGUACAGGCUAUAUUAGUAGUUGUGACAAUUUCAAAUAUUUCUAUUCAUUAUAGAAAACUACCAAAAUAUCAACUACACUUGAACUCAUAAUAUAUAUUGAUGAUUCACAAUAUUGGAUAGAAAAGACAUCCAGAUGAUUCUAUUGAUGAAAGUAUACAAGAUUGAAAAUAUAAAACAGAAUAAAACAAUGGUUUUCAUCUUGAACUCAACAGUUUCUCUCAUCAUUCCUAAUUAUUUCAAAUUAUCAAUAAAAAAUACUAUUCAGUUCUAUGUGGUAAUCUGAUAGUAUUUGUCAGCUAAAUCGAGUAUCAAAGCAUCAGGGCUUUUUCACAUUUGUACGAUUUUUGCUGUAUCUGUUGCGGUAUAAGUUGUGGCUUGAUUGUUUCAUGAAAUGUCUGAAAGCCUUCAUUCAAAUCGAUGCUGAGGGACUGUGACCGCUGCAGUCCUCCUACUGAUCCUGAAUGUUUGAAUUGAGAAAUAGAACAAACCAAUCAAGUUAGAGUUUAUGUUGAGUACGGUACACAAUCAUGAAUCCGUAAAUAUUUUCUUCAACUGUCGCUCCAAACAUUUUUGAAGGAUCCUCUUUUAUCAGUCGAAAACGCGCGUUCGACUCUGGUGAAUCCCUUUAAAGUUUCCGUGAAAACUAGUUGAAGUAAAUACAGAUAUUCAUGAAGUGAAUACAUAUAUCUAUACCGGGUGCUUCAAAAAAAUGUAUACACACUUUGAACUUUCAUAGAAAAUUUAUUUACCGUUCUACAAAGUUAAAUUUCAGGAAAAUAGAAAGCUGAAAGUCCAAUGUAAAUGAAACAUAAAUAACAAAUGUUAAUACUGUUCAAAUUGGUGACCUGCAGCAUCAAUACAAUUCUGAGUACGAGUCACCACUGAUUCUGUACAUCGUAUCAAAACGUCCAAUGAGAUUUCUCUACACACUGCUUGAAUCUCAUUCCAAAGAAUGUCUAGGUUACGUGGCUUAAGUUUGUACACCUCAUCUUUUACUGUGCCCCACAAGAAGAAAUCCAGUGGUGUAAGGUCUGGAGAGCGUGCUGGAAACUCGAUUGGCCCCCUGCGUCCUAUCCACUGGCCUGGCAAAUUUUGAUCCAGGUAAGCUCGUACGUCCCUGUGAUAGUGCGGCGGAGCACCAUCUUGUUGAAAAUAAAAAUCAUCAUUACCGUAUAAUGCACGAAUGGCAGGAAAUAUGGAAUCAGCAAGCAUUGUUAGGUAAUUAAUACCAGUUACAGUGCCUUCAAAUCGAAAAGGUCCAAUGAGUCCCCUUGAAGACAAACCGCACCACACAUUUACACCAGGCGAAUUUACAGCUUUUUCAAUAAUUGUAAUGUGAGGAUUUUCUUCACCCCAGUAAACACAAUUGUACCUAUUGACAGUUCCAUUGAGUUUGAAUUGGGCUUUGAGUUUCCACUGUCUUUGAACUUCAUUUACAUUCUCAAACUUCCAGUGCCACUUAAUAACCUGCUUACGUUCUUCAAAACUCAAACGUACGUCCGCCAUGUUGAUAUUACAAAUUCCAACUAACAAUAUAACAUAGAGGGACGAUUAUGCUGCCACCUGGCGAAGAAAUAUAACAUCAGCCUUGUAGAGCGAUAAAACCACGAUUGUUUAAAGUGUGUAUACAUUUUUUUGAAGCACCCGGUAUAUCCAUGGUUGAAUUCAUUAUCACUUCUGUUUUUUUUCAGAUUUUCUUAAUUGUCCUUUCAAAUCAUAACGAAAUAUAGUAGAUAUUCACUAGGUAAAUAUUGGUAUUUUAGCAUUAUUUGUUGUAUCACAAAUAAUGUAUGGUCAAUUCCACAUAGAUUAUGAUUUCGUUUCAAUCAAAUGUUAGGACUUGUAAAACUGUUCAAUCAAUUUUUGAUUGCCCUACUUUUAAUUCAAAUCAAAGACUGUACAGUAAGGAAAUCGAAAAUUGAUUAUGAUCCAAUUUUCUUAUGAUAAUUCUGUUUAAUUUUAAUAUUGGACUUGAUGGUAUUGGCUUUUAUCAAAAAUGCGAGUUUGAACGACAAGCAAGCAUUGACCAAUGUUCAAAUAAGAAAACGUUAUCAAGUAAAUCAAAUAUAAAUUAUGUUCUUUUAUAGCAUAUAGAUGAUAUUUCAAGCUAUUUCUUCCACGAUGUGAAACCCAAAUUCUUUUGCAUUUUAUUGUAUGUCACUUUGGAUUCAGCAUUUCAAUAUCCAACUUUAAUAUUGAUAACUUUCACAAUUAUCUCAGUAUGAAUUGAUGUACGGUACUAAAUAGAAUGUCCAUAAAAUGCAAUUCCAAGUCGUCUGGUUAUUUGGACGAAAAAUUAUCUAUUAUUAUCUGUUAUUUAUUAUUAUUAAAAAUAACACAUCGUUCAUAAUCUAAAACCAUCAAUUUUAAUUAAAAAACAGUCACCUAAAUACCGUGACUACUCAGCAUCAUCUUAGUUUCAUAGUAUAAAUCCAGUUUUUAUCAAUACUUUCAUAAUUGAUUGAAACUAAAUUGAUUCGUGAACAGAAUAGAUUCAAUUGAAUUAGGUAUAAUUGUUAGGUGAGAGAUAAACGAUGCCAUAAAUAGAUUUGUGUCUGCGAAAUUGUGUGGGAUAGAGUUGCUGCUAGCUGUUGGAAAAAAUUAGGAUAAAAACAAGGACAAAGUUAUUUGCCAAAAACAGACGUCGUUUCAUCGAUACGUAUUUCAUAAAUUUCUAACGCCCCUUAAGUGCUUUAUACAGUGAUUCGUUUUUUUCGUUUUUCAUUUUCUGUGAUAAUACUGAAAAUGGCAUUACCCACGUGGAUAUGUGUGUGUAAUGUGAACAUUUUAAUGGUGCUCAGUAUAAGCAGGAGAGCGUGCGUAAGGGACUAGCCAUAGUGUACACAUGUACACAUGCGGUACAUACAAACAUGUAGUUGACUGUAGAGCAGUUCGACUCGUCGUGUGAGUGUGAAGUGAUGAUAUUUCGCAUGUGGAAGCGUGUAAAUGUUUCGAGCGUGCAUGUACGUAUGAUGAUAUAUCAGGUUGUUCCAAUUUUUCAACAAAUAAAACCCGCGCUGUAUCAUGUACUCUUUUUCUAGAUCGCUAUAACUCAUAUCUCCAUCACAAUGUUUUCUCGAUACAAGGAGUCUGAAUAAUUAAAGGGUACAUUAUCGCUGAUUUUUCUUAGCUUAACGUUAGUAAACAUGUGCAUAUGUAUCAUUGACAAGCUCCUCCUUAUCGCUGAUGAUCCUUGUAUGAUAAUCGUCUCUGUAAUAUAGCCACGCUGCCGCAACUAUGUGUGUGGCACAUAUUGACUCUUUUCUCCUGAUGUUAACGAUAUUUUAUUAUUAUAUAAACUCGUAACAAAGAUGCCUUAUUACUGUUUGUGAGUUGAUCUUUUGUUUUUAAUCAGAGCGUUCGUAAAUAUUGUAUAAUUAUUAGUUGAUAGACGUUUUGUAUAAAACAAAUUCGGAUCCUAGACAAGAUUGACACCGUACGAUUCCCUCUCUGAACAGAAUAAUAAUUAAUUACUAUUCAUUUGAGAACCUAGUCAUCAUUAUAGGAAAUGAAUACUUUUAGCAUUAAUCACUUAAGAUUGGAAUUAUCACAAUUAUUAUUUGCCAUCAUCUCUCCAUCGACAGUAAUGAUAAUAUUUUGUUGUUGAUAUAGACAAAUUCAUUAAUAUUGUGUUCAGAAUAUUUUUAAAUAAAAUACGGUUAUAUAUUCUAUAGAAUUUAAUCCGAUGUACAAAGAUCUAUUACUAAUUGAAUUAUUACGUUAAUCUAUUUGAAUACAGAUCCUUUAUGACAUUGUUGCUAAUAAAUUAAUGAAUUAUAAAUGCCGAUACCGGUACGGUAGGCUACAGUCUCUUCGGACCGGGAUGGGGCGUAGGGCCUAGGCCUACUCCUCCCAUGCUUCACAAUAAAUUAAUAAGAUGCAGGUGAUUAGCAUUUGCACUUCUGAUUUGAUAACUAAAUUAAUAUAUCCAUAGUAAAAUAAGAAAAAUCAUUUUAAAUCUUGUUUCAUUCAAUAAUCGACUGAAAAUAACUAUCAUACUGAGUUGCACUUGGCAGCAAUCUCUGUUCUGUUUCAUUUAGAAACUAAACACUUUCUCAGUGCAACUAAUUCCUUCAAAAUACAAAAGUAUUAAAUUUUCCAUUACGGAAUUAUGGAACCAAUUUAUUACCUACAAACUAUUGGAAAUUUAUUGUUAUAUUGUAGCAUUGAAUUUGUUUCAAUUACUUUCGACUAUCAGCAUGUAGCUUUGAUGAAAUAAUAUUAUUGAUAUUUCCAUUAUACUGUUAUUGUUAUUAUUGUAGUUUAUCUGACGACUGGUACCACAAUUCUAUUUCUGUUUCUGGAAUUUUUCUCUGUAGAGUGUUCACUUGUGUUCCCAUAGUUCUCCUACCUAGUUCAUAAAGUAAGUGAUAUCAGUUCAAUCCACGUUAUUGCAUAACUCAUCGUUUAAUCGUAUAAUCGUUUUAACACUCAAAUAUUAUGUAAAUCUUAGCUUAAUAUUUCAGCUUAAAUAUUGGCUGAAAACUUCUUUACAGAAAUGUUCAUGCAAUGUUGUGUUUCAAACCUAAAAACACCUAUAACAUUACAAUAAGUAAUCAUCUUGAUGAAAUUAUUGCAGUGAGAAAAACCAAUUUAACUUAUGGUAUGAUAAAAACAAUUUUUUUUUGUAAAAUAACAUGAUGUGAUAUUUCAUGCUGUAAACCUGUCACUCAAUUUCAGUACAAUAAAUUUAUUUUUGAUUGGUUUUUUCAACUAUCGAAGUGCAAAUAAAUAUUAUUGAUUGUUAUUGGUAAGUGCUUAGUGUAUCUAGGUAAGUGUAUUUUUAAGAAUACGGUAUUGAACAUUUCAUCUUGUGUACUUGAAAAGUUUUAAAUCACAACAUAUUAAUCAAUGAUUGCCUUAAAAUUUGAAUAUCUAAUUCUUAUUAAAGUUCAUUAUUUUAAUUUAUAGCCAGUAUCGUCUAUUGUAAAUAGUAAAAAUGGACCACUUAAAAAUUGUUCCUGUAAUAUUUAAUUAACUUAGAACUUGAUGAAUUUAUUAAAACUAUUAUUGUUGUAUAUUCUAUUUUAUUACAAUUUGUUUGCUAGUACCUUUUAAAGGACGAAUUAUGGUAUCAGUCAUUUGUAAUCUAAUUAAUUUCGUAUAACACCUGUUGAAAUUCGUAUGCAUUUUGAUGGUGAACAUUUUUAUUAUAAUCACAAUUAUUAUUGUCAUAUAAGACGAAUAUAAUUAUUCAUACAAUUUCAUAAACGAGAUUUAACCUCUCCAAGUAAUGUUCCACAGCAUAUGAAGAUUUUACAUUUCAUUGACGUUUAUAUUGUCCUAAUUAAACUGGCUUCAUUCUGUACUGUUGUUUGAUAAAUGCGGUUAUAUAAAUAAUAAGCAUUAUCAAAGAUGUCCACCUUCGAUAACAAUGAAAAUGAAGAUGGAUUAAUUAAUAAGUAUAAUAUUAAAGUUAAUCAUUCUACUACAUCGUAAUGAACUGAUUGAAGAUGCUCUUCAUGAUCUCUAGACUGGCCAAUAUCUCACUAUGCAUUGUUAUCAUUUGGUUACUACGUUAGAUCCUUCCAUAUUUCCAACAGUUUAUAAUGUGAACAUGAAAAUAAUUAAAUGAAUAGAAGGUAUCAUCCAGUCCAGAGCUUCUUUUAAAGAUCCUACCGUUAAGGUUCUUAUCUUCUCCAUUUCUUCUUCUCUCUUCUUCUUCUACUACUAAUACUACUACUUGUUAUUUUUUCAUUGUAAAGGCGAAAAUUUGUAUCAACUUUCUCAAUUUUUCUAUUUGCUUUAUUAGAUUGCUUCAUAUCACAGAAUAUUUAUCAGUUUAGUACAGUUUUAUCAUAUUGUGUUUCACCUGAGUACUUGUAAAUAAUAUCGGGUGUUCAAUUUUAGAUAAAUUUAUUUUAAAGCAGUUUCAUUUCCCAGUAGUGAGUAUUAAACUUCAUUUAUACAAAUUGACCCAAAGUUUGAUCGUUUUCUUAACAAUAAAUUUUUGGCUAACCCAUCAACAAUUCUGUGUGAAUUUUCUUGAAAAAAAAGCUGCUCCAAUUGAAUCAAUAUUGCCUUGUUGCGAAACAAACUUUAAUCUUAAUAAUGUUGGCUGUACUUGUAAGUGAAUUGUGUUCUAUUACAUUUAUUGUACAAAAGUUGAAGCUGUAUAAUUUCCAUCAUUAAUAAAUGAUUGAGUGUUAUUCCAUGAAUUGGUUAUUGUUUGAAUUGAUUGUGUUUUUGUUCAGAAAAUUAUUUAUUACAAGUGAUGUGUUGAUAUUUGAAAUAUUUAUUGAAAUUUCUUAUAGUAACUUAAUAGGUGAACAUGAGAAUAUAAUUUCAUUUGAACGAAUUUUCCAAUGAUAUUGUUAUAGAAAUUAAUAAAUAAUUAUCAUCAUUGUAAAUAAUUUAUAAUAAACUAU